AUCUCGAAAAGCUACUUGCUUGUAAUUAUUUAUCCAUCUUUUAUAUGGGUAUUUUAAAACAUUUCAUAUACCUUUCUUCUAAAUUGAAAUAUUUCAUAUAUUGAUAAGAAAAUCUACAGGGUACUUAUUCCUGAACUUCGGGAAACUGUGAGAAAGGGUAUUAUACAUUCCAUUGCUUUUCAAUUAUGUGAGUGAAAUUUGCUUUUUCUAUACAUUAUGGCUACUGGAACAAACACUCGAAUGAGCGACGAAGAAUUGCUACGCCUGCCACCCCAAGAAUUAGUUCGAAAGUUGCGAAGAGCAGAGGCUGAAAAUAUGAAGUUGAUGAUGAGCCAUGGAGCACUUGUAAAGGACAUUAACCAAAGAAUGCAGGCUCAUUUGCAAGAAAUCCGUAACUUGAAUGAAAUGAAUCAAAGAUUUCGCGAUGACAAUCAGGAAUUAAGAGAUUUGUGCUGCUUUUUGGAUGAUGAUAGACAAAAAGGCCGUAAACUUGCUAGAGAAUGGCAGCGAUUUGGUCGUUAUACAGCUAGUGUAAUGAGGCAGGAAGUUGCAUCUUAUCAAAGUAAACUUCAAGAACUGGAGAAUAAGCAACAAGAACUUAUUCGAGAUAACUUAGAAUUAAAGAAACUCUGUCUGUGCUUGGAUGAAGAAAGAAGUCGUAGUACUUGUAGUCAGUGUGGAGAGCCACUUAAUUGUCGUCGGGAUGAUGGUGAUGGCAGCAGUUCAUCUACAAACAAUGAAGAACUUGGACUUCUCUCACCAAUUCAUUCCUCUUUCUCCUCAUAUAGAAUGGGACAGAAUAUGGACGAUUCUGGCCAAAGACAUCGUUCUGUUAUUAAUGCUCAAGUUCUGCAAUAUAUUAAAAGCUUAGAGAGAAAAAUUCAAGAAUUAGAGGAAGAAAAAUUUAGAGAUAUGAAGAACAAAAUGAAUCAUGGUUUUUAUGGCAAAAACAGCUGGACUGAUGCUAAUUCAAGGGAUCCUUUAAAGCUCAAUGAUAAUAUGUCGAUAUCAAAACCUGAGGCUGUUGUUCAUGCCAUGAAAGUGUUAGAGGUUCAUGAACAAAUGGAAAAAAGUCUGGAAAGUGAUUUAGAGUCUGAAGAAUUGGCUGAAGGUGAAAGGGCACUUGUUCGUGAAAUGUGCAAUGUGGCAUGGCGAAAACUUGAAGAUGGUCCUUCUUGAAUUUGUAACAUGCCAUGCAUGAAACUGCAUUCCGUCCAACUUUAUUAUUUUUAUAUGCAAUAUUUCAGUAUAUUGCUUGUUAUAUCUUUUGUUGAAAUUUUUUUGAUAAUAUCUCUGAAACAUUGCCAUUCAAAGAACCGUAUUUUAAGAUAAUUUUGAGGAAGGUUUGAAGUUUUUAAGAUAUUUUAUAUUUUCUUGCAUAAAAUGAAAAAAAUGAUAUAAAUUCCUCAUUUUUUAUUAAAAAGGCUUUAAAACUAUUUGCAUUUUCAAAAUAUUGCAUUAUUAUUUUAUCACUACUGACAAAUGAUUUUAAAUUGAAAAGGCAAUGGAAAAAUGUGAUGUUUUUUUUUAAAGACAGAGGGGAAAAAAAAAAAAAAAAGACUAAACAUGGUAAAUGUUUUUAUACAUUUAUGUAUUUUGCUCAAGAUUCAGGUUUUUAAUGGACUUUUAAUGGAGAAAAGAUUGUACAUAAGUGGUAUCUUAUUUAAUUUUUUAAGUGUAACAUUUUUUUUUAUAAUGCUCUUAUUUUAUGGAUUCUUUAAAAUUUACUUUUUCAUUA